AUGGCUGUCGCUGGUGCCCAACGCAAACAAGUCCUCAAGGUCUUGAUGAUCUCGCUGCUGCUGGACCUGGUAAUGACCGAACACUCUUUCCAUUGCAUCUCAUUCACAUUUAUCCUGCCAUUAUUUCCUUCCCUCCUAUCAUUCUACCGCGCCCAAGACCCCUCUCCUGAUUCCCUCCUCAACCGGAUCUUCCACUACCUCAAUGCUUAUAAGAAUGCCUUCGCCCGCCCAAUCGACUCGCGCUAUGAUAUUGUUCUUCUCGGCGGAGCCCUCGGCUCGCUGUUCUCUUUACUCCAGGCUUUUGCUGCCCCGGUCAUUGGCCAUUUGUCGGACAAGCAUGGUCGUCGGCGCGCCUUGCUGACCGCAAUGGUGGGGAAUAUUCUGAGUGUCGCGCUCUGGGUCUCUGCUACCGAUUUCCGAACCUUCCUUGCCAGCCGGAUCGUCGGCGGUCUCAGCGAGGCAAAUGUGCAGCUAGCCAAUGCCAUUGUCGCCGAUGUGACCGACGAAGCGCGCCGCGGCGCAUCAAUGGCCCUUGUCGGCGCCUGUUUCAGUAUCGCCUUUACCUUCGGCCCCAUGCUCGGCGCUGGGUUGAGCACUGUUGACGUCGUGGCUGCUAAUCCCUUCAUGGCGGCCGCUGCGGUAUCACUUGCGUUGAUCUUCCUCGAGACGGUCUACCUGUGGGCUUGCCUGCCGGAAACACAUCCUCAAUUCACGUCGCUGGAGCAGGAGUCUGAGCCCCGGGCUGAUGAGAAGAAGGCAGCUGAACCUCCCAAGAAGCCGCAACCGGGGACCGGUAGCAAUGGACAGGUCACCCAUACAAACAACCCGGCUCUCCUCAACGCCGUCCAUUUCCUCUUCCUCCUUCCUUUCUCCGGCUUGGAAUUCUCUCUGCCCUUUAUAACAACUACCAUCUACGCUGGAACUACCAGCGCUAGUCCCGCAGCUCUGAACGGCCGACUUCUCUCCAUGAUGGGUCUCAUUGCCUCUCUUCUGCAGGGGACCGUGGUCCGACGUCUCCCACCGCUAUUGACCAUGCGUGCAGGCAUCGUGGCUUGUGCACUCUCCUUUUUCUGCCUCGCCCGCGUCGACUCCGUCACCGGUCUAUACGCGGCUGGUGCAUUGCUAGCUGUUACUACUGCCACGGUGGUAACCAGUCUGAACAGUCUUGGUAGCUUCGAGGCUCGCGAGGCUAACCGCGGUGCAGUGAUGGGUCGUCUGCGAGGCUGGGGACAGGCUGGCCGUGCCGCUGGGCCCGUCCUGUUCUGUACCUUGUUCUGGUGGGCUGGCCGCGAGGCUGCUUUCACCAUUGGCGGAAUCGCCAUGUCGGUUGUUGCCCUUCUUGUCUUCAGCUUGCUCAAGUCCCCCCGCUGUGCAUGCGAAGGCCGAAUGAUGAUUCUGUACAAAAUUGGGAUUUUCUACCCUCAGAUCGUUUUGACCUGCUUUGGCGGCGGGAUUAUCCUCUGGGGGCUUCAAGUUAAUGUAUAUGGGGAAUGA